UGUUGACGCAGCGAUUCCAAGUCACUGAAAGGCGUGAAACUGUGUCACGUCCGAAGCCCAUGAACCGGACGGUCCUCUGGUGGCAUCAGAACACCGACGGGGGGUGGUACAGGGUGGACUGGUUGCGGGGUCUGUUUUCUGCACCGGCUGAGCUCCGCCUGUCAGCGGGGAGCGGAGGAGCCGGUGGACGCCACGUACGGGCGGCGCGGUGCGGAGGAGCAGCCCGCAGGGAGCGGCGAUCAACUUCCACACCAUGGGGAAACCGCUGGCUCCCAGUUGGACGACACUUUUGCUCUGAGCAGCACGAGCUGGAGUGAUGGUCUGGAGCGUGCCGCGGAGUUUGGAUUGUUUCUAAGUCACCAUGUGCGAAGUGACGGUGGAGGAGCGAGAGAACUCCGAGGUGGACGCGGCGGAGAGCGGCGUCAUGCUGGUGGUCAACCACAGCCGCGUCCAUCCUCCCUUCAGCGUCGUGCUAGCCACCUUGCUGUACCUGGCCGAGUUCAUCACCGCCGCCGUGCUGUGCAGCAGCUACCACAAAACUCAGGACUCCAUCUGGAUGGGCUUCACCAUCACCUUCAUGCUGGUGCCGGCGCUACUGAUUCAGCUGACCCUCACCUUCAUCCACCGAGACCUGGGCCGGGACCGACCCCUGGUCCUCUUCCUGCACCUGCUGCUGCUGGGCCCAGUCAUCAGGUGCUUCGAGGCUCUGAUGGUCUACUUCAAAGCUGGUAAAAAGGAAGAGCCGUAUGUCACCAUCUCCAGGAAGAUUAAUCUGAAGAAGAAUCUGGAGGCUCCGAUGGAGUGGGAGAUCGGCCAGUCGGAACGCAACCUGGCGACGCACCGAAACGCUUUCAAGCGCACGGCCGUCAUCCAGGCCUUCCUGGGGUCCACUCCGCAGCUGACGCUGCAGCUCUACGCCACCAUCCAGGAGAAAUAUGUCCUGCCCAUCAGACUGGCGCUGAUGAUCAUCACGCUCAUCUCUAUCACGUACGGCGCCCUGGUCUGCAGCGUCCUGGCCAUCCAGAUUCGGUACGACGACUACAAAGUGCGACUGCGGGUCCGCGCCUACCUGUGCAUGAUCGUGUGGAGAGUGCUGGAGAUCGCCACCCGCGUCAUCACUCUGGUCCUCUUCAGCACGGCGCUGACCCACUGGAUGAUCUUGGUGGGCCUGGUCAACAUGCUCUUCUUCUUCUUCCUCCCCUGGGCUGAGUUCUGGGCCAAGAAAGGCUCACUGACGGAGAACAUCGAGAAGAACUUCUCCAAACUGGGCACGGUCAUCGUGCUGAGCAUGUUCACGCUGCUCUACGCGUGCAUCAACAUCUUCUGCUGGUCAGCCGUGCAGCUGGACCUCUCCCACCGAGAGCUCAUCGACAGGAAGCAGCGCUGGGACCGCUUGGCUAUUUACUACGCCGCGCGCUUCCUGGAGAACCUCAUCCUCAUCACGCUGUGGUAUUUCUACAAGUCGGACUUCUACGAGUACGUGUGCGCGCCGCUGCUGGCCGUGCAGCUGCUGGUCUGCUACAGUCUGGCCGUGUUCUUCAUGCUGCUCUUCUACCAGUUUUGCCACCCAUGCAGGCGCCUCUUCAAGCACAACGUUCACGACUGCCUGCGCUGCGUCUGUUGUCGUAGAGGGGGGAGGGAGGGGCGGAGGAGGCAAGGCCCGCUGCCGCCGUCCUACUCCACCGCGGCCACCAUGGUGCUGGCGCCGGAAGAGCCCAUGCAGCCGCUCAACCCCGAGCCGCUCCCUGACUUACAGAGUCAGCUGGGAGAGCAGGAGACGGCCAUUGUUGAUGACAUCACUGAAGCCGUCUGAACAGCGUUUGGUGCAUGCAUUGGAUCCUGCGCCAUCUUGACGAGGUCACCACGGCGACAACUUGGCAUUAUAGUUAUUGUUUACUUCACAAAAACACACUCACAAAUUCAUCCUGGAUAUGUUUUAAAAGUCAAAUUAUCACAAUAUUUAAUCGGUUUAACAUGAUGCUUAAAGCUUUUAUUUCACAUAGUCUUCACAAAUAUCUAGAGUACAUAUUUUAAUAUUUGAUAAGGCUCCAUUAAAAGGUCUAUAUCUCACUAAAAUGGAAUAACAAAAUACAAUUGCAACACUGAAUAAAAAGCCAUUUAAUAAUUAAUAGAAAUGGUUGGCCUCAGUGACAGCAGCCUUGGUGACCACGCCAAGAUGGCGGACGCGUUUCCCCACUGCAGGGCGGACACUGAGGUGGAUGUUCAGUUUGCACUCUCAUGAAUGAAAAGGUUUUAGGUUUCAAAAGCUGGUCACAGAAUCCACUGAAGUGCUUUUGUUUUGGGGAGGCGACACAGAUCGGUGCCUUAUUCAAGCGUAGCAUAGCUUUAGACACAUGGUCGACAAGUUAUGGCUUUAGAGUCAAAGGAGUCAAAAAUGCUCGCACCUUAAAGCAGCUUUGGGUCGUGCUGACCCUCUCAGCUGCCGUCUGGAUUUUCAGCACUUCUCCUUUUCAGCCUUCUGUCGCCUGGAGCAACUCUGGAAAAGCAGAAAAAAAAGAGAAAAGGGUCACAGUGCGAAUGCAGUGUGUUGCAUUCAAAGUCCAGCCUUGUUAUGACAGUAUAAAUGAGCUGCUUUUGUCUUUAAAAAAAAAUAAAAACACUCACAGUCUUUCAAAAGAAACAUGAUUAACAGAGUUCACAGCUGUUUAAGAAAUAGCCCACAACAUAUAAAAGAAAUACUCAGCUUCAAGAAAUGUAUUUUUGCUUGACAAUAAUGUGAAUAUUUGCUAUCUAAGUGCAAACACUAAAUGUGCUUUAUUUUGUAUGUUUUUAUUUGUUGGUGCCUUGACUACUGUUGUUACUUGAAAUUAAAUAAAGUGGCCACAAGUUUACCACUGCAGAUGAUUUUUUAUCGAUGGUAAAAAAAAAAGAGCCCCAUAAAAUACGGAAAACUUGAUCAUUAAAAAUGAAACAAACAAAACUGUGGAUUACCAGUGUGGAAAUAUACAUCACCAUAAUGUAAUUUGUGACAGACAAGUGUUUUCAAUUAAUACCUGCAAAAUAAAAGUAAGUAAAAAACGUUUUGUAAAGUUGUAACACACUUAAUAUUUUAGAAUGAAAUGAAAUAAAACAUUGAAAAGGAAGUCCUUUCAGCAAACACUGUUUGGUAUGUGUCAACAAUAAGUCACUUUUGUUAUCAGUUAUAUCUAUUUGGGGUGUAAAGU